CUGUGGCUGUAAAUACUGCAGCAGGAGAAGAGAGACACGAGCUCUCCCUCCGGAGGCCCCCUCCGUUCGUCGUCCCCUCUCGAACGCACGAGCGCCCGUCAAUACCAGUCCCCGCUGCGAUUCCUCCGGAUCUCUGGCUCCCCAUGGCUUCCCCAGAUAUCUCCAUUGAUAUUCGCCCAGAGUUGAACUCAUUUGAUCAUCUAAGAAGCACGGGAUAUAUUUCAACAGAUAGACCAUGGUUGAAACUAUAUGGAAUAAGAGUUCCACCCGUCUCACUGUUCAACAGUUUGAGCAGUACGCCUGAUCUGGCACUCAUUCACCAGUGCUUACCUGAUGAACUGCUUAUCGAGAUCUUUGGGAGAAUGAGCCCAUAUACUUUAGGGAGGGCUGCUUGUGUCUGCCGCAAGUGGAAAUAUACUACACGCAAUCCUACUUUGUGGCGGAAUGCUUGCCUGAAAACUUGGCAGAGGAAUGGAAUAGAGGCAAACUUCAGGAUGGUGCAGUCGUUAUAUGAUUCUUCCUGGAGGAAAAUGUGGGUGCAGAGACCAAGAAUCCGAAUUGAUGGUCUUUAUGUUAGUAGAAACACAUAUAUUCAUACUGGAAUUACAGAAUGGCAGUUCAAGAAAACUGUCAAUGUGGUUUGCUACUACCGUUACUUGAGAUUUUUUCCAACCGGGAAGUUCCUGUACAAGAUUUCCCCACAGAAAGUCAAAGAUGUUGUCAAGUGCAUGCAUCUCCGAGCAUCAAAAGGCGAUAGUGUGUUUAAAGGCGACUAUACACUGUCAGGGGAUGGCCAGAUAGAAAUGGCACUCCUAUAUCCUGGGCAUCGGUACACACUUGUUAGGAUGCGCCUUAGGGUUAGAGGCACUACAAUUGGCGCAAAUAACAGGUUGGAUGUCUUAAAGAUCCUAACCACCGGGGUGAAUGGAACCGAACUGGGAAACUGGAAAGGCAACAUACUUGAACUUGUUGAGGACUGGGAGGAGAAUGAGACGCAUGACCCAGACGUGCCUGCUGUUUCCCACAGCAGGGGUUUGACUCCCUUUGUGUUUGUUCCAUUUGAGGAGGCUGAUACUUCAGUGCUAAACCUGCCAGUGGAGAAGAUGGAUUACUUUGUCCCUGGGUGAGCAGCACGGCCUAAAGACGACCGCGGUGAUGGGCAAUGGAGAUGGUCGAUAAUCUCAUCACAGGCUGAUAUUAUGCUGCGGAUGGAGACGACUGGCUUAUUUCGUUCCAUACCGAGUUAAUGUUGGAACGAUAUGUACAUACACAGUACUUGUCUUGUUUCCUUUCGGGUUGAAGGCAUGUUGUAUUGUAAUGUACUCCCUCCGUUCCUAAAUAUUUGUCUUUCUAGAGUUUUCAACAAGUGACUACAUACGGAGCAAAAUAAGUGAAUAUACACUCUAAAAUAUGUCUAUAUACAUCCGUAUGUGGUAGUCUAUUUGAAUCUCUAAAAAGACAAAUAUUUCGGAACGGAGGGAGUAUAUGCUAUGCAUGUUGCUGGUAUAAAGUUGGCCAGAAAAUAAACACCGUGUCCGAACGGGUGGAGGCACCCAUGUGUAACAACUGAGUUAUGUAUAAUUAUGGGGGUAUCAAUCGCAGCAUCAUUGCACAAUUCUUGUGCCUGGCAAA